AUGUCCCUGCUCAACGUAUUCCUCGAUGGCCUGGAGGAAGGCACAGAGUGCACCCUCAGUAGGUUUGCUGAUGCAACUGAACUGGGAGGAGUGGCUGACACCCCAGGAGGCUGUGCGGCCAUUCGGAGGGACCUGGACGGGCUGGAGAGCUGGGCGGAGGGGAACGUCCUGAAGUUCAACAAAGCUCCUGUGAUUGUUGUGUCACCAAAGAAAAUUCACAAUGUUACUGGAGCCCAAGUGUACCUGUCCUGUGAAGUGAAGGCAGUGCCCACUGCUGUCAUCACUUGGAGAAAGGUCUCAGAGUCACCCAAAGGAGUCAAACUUCUGGAGGAGCUGCCUGGAGACAGAGUGAAUAUGGCUGUGCAAGUUCGGGGAGGACCUUCCAAACAUGAGGGCACAGGGUGGGUUUUGAUUAACCCACUAAUGAAGGAAGAUGAGGGGGUCUACCAGUGCCACGCUACCAACAUGGCUGGAGAGACACGUGCAGAUGGGAGUAUCACAGUGACAGAGCAGAAUAAAAGCAAGAAGGCAUCCCUUCUGGCAUGGGACAACCCUGCCUAGCAGGGAGAAAGAAUUUGUUCA